AUGGCCGAAGCGCCACCGUCAGCUUCCGCCUCCGCGAGCAACGCCCUCGACGCGCAAGCGCCCACGCCGAUAGCGCAGCUCAAUCCGGAGCUUCCCGACCGUGCAUCACGCGUUAUCGAUGGCAUCGUCACGAUUACAUGGCCCUACAGCACCGUCUCCCGUUCCGCCGCCUUCAUCCUCGCCGAGCACGACUUUCGACUGCGACAUGCGCGUGGCCAGCUACGCCUCGAAUUUCACGGGCAUGUCGGCCAGAAGCUGACAGACGCCGGCAUCGGCAGCGGUGAUAGCCUGCGUAUAUCGCUGGAGGGCGCCGAGUGGGAGACAUACAAGGCGCAAACGCGAGUGCCAGGCAAGAUCCUGGAGUGGCAGCUCAACUUUACCGGCCGUUUGCUGAUGCGCGUUCAAAGAGCCGAUGAACAGCAGACGGAAAUGUUGGACCUGCACCUACCCGAAAACGAAAACGGGGACGAUGCUCCUCUGGCCACGCUCACGCCACGAGGCUCCUCGCCGGCUGCGCACUCCGCGCUGUUUGCUACAGAGGUUGUUGCUACGCCAGGCGCACACCCCGCAGACUACAACCUUCCAACGAAGCGAUUAGCCUCUCACGCUUUCGAACCAGCCGAAUAUACAUCUCCCGCCUUCAUCAAACGAGCGCGUGUUUCUUACGGAUCACUAUUCGAGGAUGGGUUCGAUAUUUUCAACGAAGACGUGGCCAAAAAACAAAAGAAGACCAAGAAGACGAAGCACUCACGGUUCAGCAUAGGAGCUUCAGGGUGGAAGUAUAGCAGCCGAUCACCUACCCCGGAACCGCGAGAGCCAGUGACACACGACCUCGAGAGCGAUUCAGAAGAGGACAAUGAGCCGGCCGCGCCGGUCGAUACUGUGGCCGCGCCGGUCGACAGUCCUAUAACUAGAGAUGAAGCCUCGCAAACGCAAAAUGCUUCAUUUGCCACCCAAGUCGCGGAGCAGGCUCGGGAAGUUGCAGCAUCGAUCCCCUCGUCGCCGACGCCGGUGACCUUUGGAAAGGCCCAAGAAAAGCGCAACGGUGCGUUGGAAGCGUCGACUCUCAACGCACCAUCUGCCGCGAGAGAAGAGACCGACUGGGCAUUCAGUCAGCCGGACCAACCACUCCUUGACGGUACCUCGAAUAUAUGCGCCUCCGCUGCAACAAUUACAACUACUACCUCAGUGCGAACCGGCGUAUUUGGGUCUUCAUUUGGCAACUCUGGGUUUUCCGUUGAACACACCACAACGGCCUCUACUAGCAGUAUUCCUGUGUUCAAUGACGCCCUGGCUGAAUCAAUACAAAGUCGUGAGGCUGCCGAGGAGCGCGCACCUGGUCAGCCGGAACCGGCUUUCGAUGUGUCAGCCGACGAGGCUGACCACGGAAUUGUCACUCCCUUCGACGUGGUGGCUGUUCGAGGAGCAAAUCAAGGGGCACAUUCAUUUACCGCUACAGGGUUCUCGCCGCCAACCUCUAUCAGCAAUCCAUUCGCUGUCGAGCCAUUCCCCCACGCGACCUUACUCUCUCAGAGCCGUGAUCAAGCCGAGGAUGAUAUCUACGAAGCAAAGCCGUAUCCGGAAAUACAAGUUCACGAGGACAUCCCCCAAGAAUCGUGUCUCCAUGCACUCGAUGCACCGCACAGCUUCAAUCAGGCCUCAAUUGACGCUCCGAGUCAGUCUGCUGGAAUAGACGAAGUGGUUGAGGACCAAGAUGAAAGUACAAACUACGAUAUUGAGUGUGGCGAGCCAAGGCUCCAGCAAGUAUUAUCGGAGGAGGGGGAAGGGAUUGAAGACGGAGAUGAGGAAGAGGUGGAGGAUGAGCAAGAAGCGAACGACCAGGACAGUAACGACUACAGUGAAGAAGAAUCUGGCCUCGACAAGCAUUAUGAAGAGGACGACGACGAGCGCUACUAUGAUGAGGAUGGGGAGGAUGAGGACGAUAACGCAGAUGGGGACGAUGAUGAGGAUGAAGACGAGGAAGCGGAUAAACCUACUCCUGAGGUCCGACAAGUCUCUCAAGAUCCUGUUUACAUCAGCCUUCUCUCAGACUCUGAAGAGGAAGAUGAACCAGCCGCGGAGAUUCCUGGAGCUGUCCCCCAGGCAACACAUCCCACCAGAUCAGCGGAAUCCAGCGAGCUUGGUGACGAUGAAGAUCGGCAUCAAACUAGACUACAAGAGGACGACGAUAGCGUCUCUCAACAGCCAGCUGAAGAAGACAACGAUAGUGUCUCUCAACAUUCAGCUGAAGAGUCCGAAGGAAAUGAAGACGCGGCCCAAGCCAGAGUUGACGAUGACAAUUCCGAAGAUGACAAUUCCGCUCAACAACAGGACGAAGAGCCAUACGAGAAGUCGGACGAGCUUCAAGCUGUGGUUGAAAAGGACGAUGAAAGUACCUCUCAGCAGUCAGAAGAGCCAGAUGCUAGCGAGUCUAACACGGACGAGGAGGCAGUACAACACUGUGCAGUAGAUCAAGACGACGAGGACGCUUCCGCCGAAGAGCACUUUGACGACUCAAGCAUUGUGCAGCCAGCAACAAAUAAGCAGCCAGUCAUCGCAGGAGACGAAGGACUGGGCUCUACUGAACUUCGGGUGUCGUCAGCGGAACCUGUUGAUGCUGCCAAAUUAGAGCAAGAAUCAGUGGACGAGAUGGAUGUUGAUGAGGAUGACGAGGAUGUUAAACUGAUUCCCGUGGCGGGGCCGGAGCGACCUCUCGAGGAACUAGGCUCGGUUGUUCCUUCUCCCAUCGCACUAGACGAGGUGACAGAAGACGACGACGCAAUGGAGGAAGAUCAUGCAUCUGAACAGGCGCUGCCCGAUGCCAGCGAUAUCAAUAAACUUGGCGAUGUGGACGAAGAUGUGGAGGUUAUGGACGCUCCUGAGGCAUUCGAGGACGAAAUAAAAUCUCAGCCCGACGUUGACAUGGAGGUCAGGGAGCCAGACGACAUCGAAAUACUUGCUCAGGACUCACCAGAUCUCAUGGUAGAAGACAUACAACCAGAAAAGGUCGAGCAGGAGCCAGAGCUUGGCCCAGCCAGCGAAACCCUGGACUCGUCGACCAAAAUCAUCGAAGUUGCUGAAGUGGUUUCUGAAAGGGGGGUUAAAGAGGUGCCUAUCCAAGAAGCCCCUGCUCCUAUCGAAGACCAGUCUCUACCAGAAGAAGACGAUGCCAAAGACGAUGCCAAACAGAUCCCGGCGGAGGCUGAAGCUGCAGCCAGCACACAUGCAACAGGGUCCCUUAGGAAGCGUCAGCUGCCCACGCCCAUCGAGACACAGAUACCCGUCACGGAGGUCGCUGAUAUCGAGAUCAUCCAUACUACGCAAGGCGAGCCGCUGCAAGACGAUGAAGAAGUUAACGAAGACGACAUCGCUGCGAGCCAACAAAUCAUGGGCGAGUUCCUGCAGCAUGCGUCACCAAACCAACUCCUUCCUCCCCCUGCUCCGCCCUUAUCUGCCAAGGUACACCGUCGCAAACGCAGUGAUACCAUCUCUGAAACAGGCAGACGAACUCGUUCACAAACCAAGCAGCACGCUGACGAGCACAGUGCACUGGAAGAAUCAACGUCUUCUCCGCGCAGCCACAGACGCAGUAGCCGGUCCAUUGAUAAGACCAAUGAGACGACUGUCGUCGCCUCAAUUGAGUCUAACACCAGCAUAAACAACAGGGGUGGUGAUAGGGCACCGCUCCUGCACCGCUCGUUUCGCAUCACUCGCAGCCGCGGAACGGCAGAUCUGGCAGACCCUAGUGUGGCCAUUGCCAAAGCCACCCGCCGUGGCGGCAGCGCCUCCUCAGCAUCUCCCCGAUCUACCGAGCACACGCCAUCGCGGCCUAUCAUGCUGCGCGUGACUCGAAGCAUGGAGAACAUCGCCGAGGCAGGCCUCAAGGAGGGCCUUGUCAUCCCAGAGACGUCCGUACGCAGCGCGCGCUUCGAUUCCGCUUCGUCAUCCGGGACGCGCUCCCCCGUGGGGAGUAUGCCACAACUACCGAGCACGCAGACGCAGCUGUCGCCACCGAAGCAGCAGCAGGAGGAGCCGCGGAUGUCGCCAGGAAUCCCCUCGUCGCCGCCGCCGGCCGACACCCCAGGUCGCACGGCGGGUACGGCGCUCAAACUGCAGCUGCAGCGCGACCUACGGACAACGCUCCCCGAGAAACUUUCGCUACGAGCGCUACGCAAUUCGCUGCAGCAAACAGCCGAUGUCAUCGCCGUAGCAGCCGCCACCCCCGCGCCGCCGUCCCGACCCCGCAACGGGCCCCGCGACUACAUGCUGGAGCUGCUCCUCGUCGACCCGUCCUCGGCGCCGAGCGGAGUGCACGUCGCGCACGUCUUCCGCCCGCACCAGCAGUCGCUGCCAGUCGUGCAGCGCGGCGACGUAGUAUUGCUGUGUGGCGUGACCGUUGUCGCCCUUAGGGGGCGCGGCUUCGGCGUACGCACCAGUGACACCUCGGCCUGGGCCGUCUUUGACGAGCAAACCCGCGCCGCCGCUGCCACUACAACCUGUAAUGAAGACGACGAGGCUGCUGCUGCUGCCGCUCUCCCCCAGAUCAAAGGCCCCCCGCUCGAGGUCACCCCGGCAGAGGCUCGGUACGCCAUGGCGCUCUCCCGCUGGUGGUCGCAGAUGGACGAGGUGAUCAUGCGGAAGACAGAGCGCGCGACGCAAAAGACACUGGCGCUGAGCUGA